CCUGCAGACCCCCUCCUCCAACCCCCGUGUGAGACUCAUUGUUUGUUGCCAAAAAAAAAAGUUGCUUAUAAUUGUUUUUUUGGCUAAACCCCCCCCCCUUGACGAAUUGUUUGAUUUCUCGCAAAUUUUAAUCAAAUCAAAACAAAUCGAUAAAAAAGAAAAGAAUCCACACCAAGGACCAUUUAAUCAACGUGGAUAAUGACUCUUAAGACCAUCUACAUAGCCCGUCAUGGGUACAGAGCCAACUGGCUCCCUCCUCCACAUCCACCCAACCCCACUGGCGUGGAUAGUGACCCUCCAUUGGCAGACCAUGGAGUUGAUCAAGCACAUGAAUUGGCCGCUUAUAUGAAAACGCUUCCUAAGGAAUCUCAACCUAAAAUCGUCUUGUCGUCUCCAUUCUACAGAUGUGUGCAAACAGCAGAGCCCAUGGCUAUCAAGCUAGACAUCCCUAUAGUCAUUGAACGUGGGGUUGGUGAAUGGUACAAGAAGGACCGUGGCAUUGUGCCCGAGCCGGCCGAUUAUGACUUGUUGACCAAGUUCUUCCCUACCACUUUGAAACCAGAGUUGUGGGCAAGAGAUGGCUUGCAAGUGAUUCCAGACCUUACUGGUGAGACCGAACUGGAUAUCUUUGCUAGAACUCAACUUUUCUGGUCCAAAUUCAUUUCUGUGUUUGAAGAGAAAUUCCCAGAAAUCGAUACCAUUUUAAUUAUGACCCAUGCUGCCACCAAGAUAUCGCUUGGAAUGGCCUUGUUGCAAAAAGAUGGGGUCCGUGGGUAUGUCGAUGAGGCUGCUGGGACCAGAUUACGUGCUGGUGCUUGCUCUUUGGAUAAGUAUGCGAGAACCAAUGAUGGUAAAAAUUGGGAAAUCUUGAUGAAUGGGAAUUGUGACUUUUUAUCAAAGGGUGAGGAAAUGCAUUGGAACUUCCAAUCUGGGUUUGAGGCAGGUUCCGAUGAGGAUAUAAAGGCUAGAGCCAUGGCCAAGGCCAAAGCUGAAGCUGAGGCCGCUACAAGUACAAAAUUAGAUAAUAUAGAUAGUGCGAAUGAUGCUGUUGCUAAGGCAAGUGCAGCUGCAAUCUUACAAGCAGGAGCAGCCAGUGCAACAACUUCCAGUGCCACCACGCCAACUCCAGACUCUUUAACGCUUGCAGAAGAUCAAAAUCCAGCCAAUUCAGAUGAUUUUGAGGAAGUAUAUGUUACUAUAGAUAUUCCAAUCACUGGAGAAUCGAAAUUUUCACAUUUUGAUGAUCCAUCGACUUCAAAAUCUUUCCAUAUUAAAUCUGCCAAUUUGACCAAAGUUUCAGUACGACAACAGCAAGCAGGUCUGCAAACUUCUACUCAAACUGGUGGUCCUAAUGGUGGCAGCAGUAGUGGCAAUAGUGGUAAUAGCAAUGCUGGGGCAACCAAGCAGUUCACCAAAGAAUUGGCUCAAACAAAGGCCAGUAUCAUCAAACCAUCAUCAGCCUUCCAAAUUGUUGGAUUAGACGAUGAACAUCCAUUAAUCAAGCUUUCAAACAAUGCUGAUAUCUCGAAUUCAUCCUCCACUGCUGGAGAUGGGAAGAUUUAUCAGGGUCAAUGGAAGAAAUUGGUGGGUACAGACAUGGUUUUCGAUGAUUAUGGAGAAUUAAUCGGUGUAGUACGAGAACAUUUACAAUGUGAUGAAUCAAAUGUGUUAAUUCCUAAGGAGACUCCAGAAGAUGAUGAUCCUGAUAAAGUUGCAGAAAUGGAAGAAACAACAAAUUUGGCUGGAGAAGAGGGAGAAAAUGGGUUGGAAACACAUGCUACCACCAUUUUAAAGAAGGCAUAUGCACUUGCAAAGAAACGAGAAGAAAAGGAAAAUGAUAGCUAGUGAUUCAACUUUCUCGAUAGAGGAACGAAGCCCCCACGGCUAGUGGCCCACGGAGUGCCAGUGGAGCGGCUCACAAAACCCCGUAGGGUGGUAGGUACUCACUUCCCUGUUGGACUGUAAGACGCUCCGCUGGCCCCUGCUCGGGGAGAGCCACUGCGUGGAGCUUAGCUCCUCUUCGAGGAGACAUAUUUGUGUAUGGCUUGAGUGGAGAGAGAAGCUAGUUAAUAGAUCAGAC